AUGUCCGAACAAGCACCGAAGCCAAACUCAAUGGCAGAUGUCCUUUCAAGGUUGCCAGACAAGCGCCCAGUUCAAAUUCAAAUUGCCCAAUUGAACGCUCAUCUGACAACCACCAUUAAGACUAUCCAAUGUAGUCUUAUGGAAGAGAUAACCAAUCUCAAAGUCGAAGUCCUCACGAACCAAGCUUCCAAUAAGAAAGUCCUGAACGAUUUCGCGGAAACCUUGCGCCAAUACAACAAAGAGAACCAAAACCUUGCCAGACUCAUCUACCGUUUCUUCGAAGAGAUAGACGCCAUCUGGAAGGUACUCGGAAAGGACAGAACAUGCAACACCGUACUUCGUGAGUACCAAAUUGAAGAAGGAAUUUUCGAGGAAGAAGAGAAACACGAAGAAGAAGAGGAAGAAGAAGAGAAACACGAAGAAAAGGAAGUUUGGGCAACCCUUGUUGCGGAUGACGGUUAUGAAAUUUCCCAGCCCUACCCAUACAAAAUCCGCAACAAGGAGACCGGCAAGGUUCUUACCCCAGUCCUCAACAACUUGGGACACUUG